AUGCCGCGGGCCGCCACCACGGGCCCGCGCUUCGUAUGCGUCCCAAGCGACGAGACAUUGAUUGGCUUCAAGACCGUCAGAGCACGCCCUCGGCCCCAGUACGCGGCUCCUGAGAUCGAAACGAUGCUGAACGUCCCGGCAGAGGACCUGGAGGAGCUCCUGACCACCGCGAUCGCACACGCCGACGAUUUCAUCAAGGCCGCGGGCACCGAAGAUCCGAGCCGACGCCUCGACGUUCUUGUGCGCGUGGAGGCGGAGAGCUCCACGCGCUCGCGCGACAUCCAGGCGACGUCGUUAUUCUUGCCCGAUGACUUGGAGCAAGUAUGCGAAGCGCUGUGCGUGCCUGGCAGGGCGCUGCGCAAACGCACGUAUUUCGACGGCGACCAAUACGCUGCCUUGGUGUUGUGGGACGCCGCGGGGGAGACGUACGGGCCGACGAACUGCAUGACGAUGCUCAACGUCGGCCUGGAUUUCGCGGUGCGGGAACAGCUUGCGCUUGUCCGCGGGGCGCGCGAUGCGGUGCACCAAGCUCACGAGGACAAGGACGCUGCUGCUUCUAGCAUAGAAGGCACGUGCCAACACCUUGACCUGCAACUCACCCUCGAGCACGCUUACGGAGCGCGACUGGAGCGCUCGCGCCUGCCUCCGAGUCACCGCCACCUCGAACAGCCGUUCGUCUGCCAAGCCGUCGUCGGCAUCUGCUGCACGUGGGUGUGGACGCAACCGAGGGCCAUCAGGAUCGAGCGCUGCGGACUCGAGGGGGCCGAGCAGGCCGUGCGCGACACAGAGCGGAUCAUCGCGGACAUGGGCGAAGCCAGGCGGACAGCGCAGGAGGUCGUGAGAGGUCUGCGCGAGACAGGCAUUCUCCGCAGCCUGUGCGCCGAUGCGCUGGUGCCCGCCGCGCCCGGCAGCGUCGCGGCGCACUCGAGCAGUGAGGACUGGGACCCCGCGGGACGCCAUCCGGCGGUGUCCCUCAACGUGAUCCUGGGGUCUCCCCACCAGCCCGUUGUCUUCCUGACGCUGCCCGAAGGCAUGCGGUGGCGGAAGUGGACUCCCAGCGACUGGCGUGAGCAGCCGUGCGUGGGACUGGUGGCUGAGAUCUCGGACCCGGAGGCCUUCUGCCGCCCCCUCCCCGCGCCUGUGCCGUGGACGCUGCUGACCGACAAACUCGCGCAGCACCGCGCCACGCUGCGGAGCGUGGACGUCAGCGAGGAGUGGGUGCGCGCGGGGCUCAUGUCUUCCGUCGUGUAUGGGUGCACAACGUGGAUGCGUUCCCCGGGCACCAUGGCGGAACUCGACCGCAACAUCACGGCAAACAUGGUGCACCAGUUCGGGAACAGAUACCUGCUCGAACCACGGUUCAAGAUCAAGGCCAGCGACGAUGCGGUGCUGGCGUUCGAGACCGUGCGGAUUCAGGCCCGCCCCGACGGGACCACGCCCGCGAUGGAGACGUUCCUGAACGUCCCCGAAGAUGAACUGGACGAGUUGGUCCAGCUCACCAUGCACCGUGCCAAGGCCUUCGUCCAGGCGCCGGACCUGCCCCCGACGGCCGUGUGGGCGGUGGUGACCCGCUUCGAGACAGAGUGCUGGGCCCGCAGCAGCGACAUCAAGGCGGUGACGACGAUGCCGUACCUCUGGGGUCGGUCGGUCGACGCCUUUUGUCGCAUGAUCAGCACCGAGGGCAGGAAGCUGCACGUGGGCAAGGGGAGCGACGGGUCCGCGCGGGUGUACGUGACGCUGCGCGACGGCAUCUUGCGCGGGCGCCCGCUGGACUGCACCUCGCUGAUUGGCGACCGGCGCUCCGCCUUCGCGGCGUUCCAGGAUGCCGCCAAGGCUAGCAACCUCGCUCAAGCCGGCGACGCCGAGAGGCUGCUGUGCUUCCGCGAGGGUAUCGAGCUCGAGCGUCCACGCGGCACACUCGCCUUCGACGUGGUCGGGACGCUGACGAAGGAGCAUCCCGACAAGAUCACCGUCGGCGUGUGGAGAGACCCGAAGUUGUCGGAACACCUCGAAGCCGAAGAUGAAUGGGUUUACACCCUCGAGCUGUGCGAGCUGCAGGGAGCUCUUCUCAAGGCUCUGCGCCGGCCUGGUGCGCUGCGCACGGUGUGCGAUGGCGCCCUGCUGCACCCGCAUGACCAAGCAGCUGCUCGCGAGGCGCCGGAGCAGGCCUGGGACGACCAGGGGCGGUUCCCAGCGGUGUCACUGAACAUCUGCUGGUACCAAAAACAAACUUACGAGCACCUCGGACAACUGUGGUGGCUGGAGCUGCCGCCCGGGAUGCGUUGGCAGCCGGCGGCGGGGCACCACUGGGAGCGCGGCCUGCUUACGCGCGUCACGCCGGUCGUCGCCGAGGUGGUGAGCGAGCAGAAGCUCAACGCCGCAACGCGACGCGCGCAGCCGGAAACAUGGGACAGUGGCAUUGCGGACAUGAUCGCAACCGGCACCGAGAUGCUCCGCGCCCGUCCGUUGGAGCGCGGAGCUCCCGAGCCGAGCGAGCCGCGUGUGCAGGCAUGA